GGAAUUGGGCUUGAGUUCCGUGAAUCAGGGUUAAACCUUAACGGCAAGAAUGAUAGAAUUCUGAAAUCUGGCAUGGUUUUUAACGUGUCUCUUGGGUUUCAGAAUUUGCAAACAGAGUCUAAAAACCCAAAAACUGAAAAAUUUUGUGUCUUGCUUGCUGAUACAGUUGUUAUUGGUCAAAAUGCUCCAGAAGUGGUGACUUCUAUGAGUUCUAAAGCUGUAAAGGAUGUGGCUUACUCAUUCAAUGAGGAUGAAGAAGAAGAGGAGGUGCAGCCGAAGGUCAAAGCUAAGCCUGUAGCCGCUGAUGGACUCUCAUCCAAGGCUAUGCUUAGGUCAGUUAACCAUGAGACAUCAAGGGAGGAACUAAGGCGGCAACACCAGGCAGAAUUGGCCCGCCAAAAGAACGAAGAAACUGCACGGAGGCUCACAGGAGGAAGUUCUGGGGGGUCAGAUAGCCGUGGAGCUGUGAAAGCCACUGGUGAACUGGUUGCAUAUAAGAACGUUAAUGAUCUGCCACCUCCAAGAGAUUUGAUGAUUCAGGUUGACCAGAAGAACGAGGCUAUUCUUUUACCUAUUCAUGGAACCAUGAUACCAUUCCAUGUCUCCACUGUGAAAAGUGUAUCUAGUCAACAAGAUACUAACCGUACCUGCUAUAUCCGAAUAAUGUUCAAUGUUCCUGGCACUCCAUUCACUCCUCAUGACACAAAUAGUCUAAAGUUCCAGGGGUCAAUAUAUGUUAAAGAAGUUUCAUUUCGUUCAAAGGACCCAAGGCACAUCACUGAAGUGGUUCAACAAAUAAGAUCCCUUCGCAGGCAGGUUGUCUCUAGAGAAUCAGAGAGAGCUGAGAGAGCAACUUUAGUAACACAGGAGAAACUUCAAGUUGCUGGAGCCAAAUUUAAGCCAAUAAAAUUGUCAGAUCUGUGGAUUCGUCCAGUAUUUGGUGGUCGUGGGAGAAAGCUUCCUGGUACUCUAGAGGCUCAUACAAAUGGAUUCCGCUAUGGAACUUCAAGGUCAGAUGAGAAAGUGGAUGUUAUGUAUGGUAACAUCAAACAUGCAUUCUUCCAGCCAGCAGAAAAGGAAAUGAUUACCGUCCUCCACUUUCACCUGCGUAAUCACAUAAUGGUGGGAAACAAGAAAACCAAGGACGUGCAGUUCUAUGUUGAAGUGAUGGAUGUUGUGCAGACAAUUGGAGGUGGAAAAAGAUCUGCUUAUGAUCCUGAUGAGAUCGAGGAGGAACAACGUGAAAGGGAUCGGAAAAAUAAGAUCAACAUGGAAUUCCAAACAUUUGUGAACAAGGUGAAUGACCUCUGGGGCCAGCCUCACUUUAAAGGGCUUGAUUUGGAGUUUGAUCAGCCGUUGAGAGAGCUUGGGUUCCACGGGGUACCCCACAAGUCAACAGCUUUUAUAGUCCCAACAUCUAGCUGCCUUGUUGAGCUCGUAGAGACACCUUUUGUUGUGAUCACUCUCAAUGAGAUUGAGAUAGUCAACCUAGAGAGAGUUGGGCUUGGGCAGAAAAAUUUUGAUAUGACAAUUGUAUUCAAGGAUUUCAAAAGAGAUGUUAUGCGAAUUGAUUCUAUUCCUUCAACUUCCCUUGAUGGUAUCAAGGAGUGGCUUGAUACAACUGACCUUAAGUACUACGAGAGCAGGCUGAAUCUCAACUGGCGUCAGAUACUGAAAACAAUUACUGAUGAUCCAGAAGAAUUCAUAGAGAAUGGCGGAUGGGAGUUUUUGAAUUUAGAAGGUACUGAUUCAGAAUCCGACCACUCACAGGAGUCUGAUCAAGGAUAUGAACCUUCAGAUGUAGAGCCUGUCUCGUCAGACGAGGAAGAUGAUGAAAGCGAAUCAGUAGUGGAGUCAGAAGAUGAUGAAGGAGAGGACUCAGAGGAAUACUCCGAAGAAGAAGGAAAAACAUGGGAAGAAUUAGAAAGAGAAGCAAGCAAUGCCGACAGAGAGAAAGGAGCGGAAUCAGACAGUGACGAUGAUAGGAAGAGGAGGAAUAUGAAGGCUUUUGGGAAAGGUCGUCCUCCAGAGAGAAGAAAUCUCGCUAGCAACAUAUCCAAAAGACCCAGGUUUAGGUAAAGAGCGACAGUGGUAGCCUGCUAUUUCGUUUUAGGCCAUUUGUUUAGGCUACAUAAGGUCAUGAUAAGCAGCUGUAAAAUAUUUAUGAGACAACUGAGUUUAGACUUGGGUCUUUCUUGUAGUAUAGCGGUGCUCUCUUUUUCUGUGUUUGCGAAGUAGUUUAUUGGUGUAACAUAAGAUUGUGCAACUUAAGUUGGGUUAAGUUCCAGUUCAUCCAUUGACGUUGUCUCCUCAUUUUUCAGAAAGAAGUUGUUAGUCACUA